UUGGCAACUCUACUUUUGCCGAAGAUCACAGCUUGACAUUGCUGGUGUCAAAUAGCAAAAUGUUGUCUUCGUUUCGACAUAUUCUAGUGUCUACGGCACGCCAGAUACGCCAACUCCAUGGGACACCAGCCAUGUGUAGUAGCCAUCUCUUUGUGCACAGGGACAGUCCAGAUAAUAACCCAAACACACCAUUUGAAUUUUCCCCAGAGAAUAAGAAGAGAGUGGAGUCAAUUUUAGCCAACUAUCCGGAAGGUCACAAGAGCGCAGCAGUGAUACCCUUGCUGGAUCUAGCCCAGAGACAGAUCGGUUGGACCCCUAUCUCGGCCAUGCAUCACGUGGCCGACCUACUGAAGAUGCCCAGGAUGAGGGUCUAUGAAGUCGCCACCUUCUACACAAUGUUUAACAGGGAGCCUGUGGGGAAGUACUUUGUUCAGAUCUGUACCACAACCCCCUGUAUGUUGGGUGGAGUGGGCUCGGGACCUAUACUGGAGGCUAUUAAAUCUAACUUAGGAAUUGAUGUAGGGGAGACAACUGAGGACAAGAUGUUCACACUAGCAGAAGUUGAGUGUUUAGGGGCGUGUAUAAAUGCUCCCAUGGUACAGAUAAAUGACAACUAUUAUGAGGAUUUAACAGUGGAUGACAUGAACAGAAUCCUAAAUGAUCUGAAGGCUGGGAAAGAACCUAAACCAGGACCACAGAGUGGCCAGGACUGGCGGUUUGCAUGUGAACCUAAAGGUGGACUAACAUGUUUGACAGAGCCCCCUAAAGGCCCAGGCUUUGGGGUUCGCAGUGAUUUAUAAUGGUGGUUUGUUUCAGUGUCUUGCUAGACCUGCAGUUUACUGACAUGUUCUGUUGCUUUCUAGUGCUCUGUAAAUACUGUUGUUGUCUUCAAGUCCAGCUCUGGUUAACAGAGAUUGGUGACUUGAAUAUAAAUUUAUAGCUGAAAAUACAACAAAUGAAUAUUAUGUAUGGA